AUGUAUACUGGAAAUAAUACAUUCGUUGAAGAGAUUAGCAUAACUACUUAUCCGAUUCUCUUUAGUAUUCUUUUAGCUGCUCUCAUUCCCUCAAUUCUCUGCAGUCUUCUCAUUUUCGUUUAUUUCUUCUCUCAUUGGCGAACAUCAAUCAUCAAUUCUUUGCAUAAUCAUCCCAUCUUUCUUCUCAGCAUCACUUCUUUCCUGUACAAUACACUUGAUCUUCCUUUCACUAUGAAUACCUAUCGCACAGGCUCUGAUACACCUCGAAACCCAACAUUUUGUCUCUGUUGGUUUUGGUUCGAUCAUACAGUUCUGGCUGUAAACUUGUAUCUCGCCAUGAUCUCAAGUAUUCAACGACACAUUCUCGUUUUCCAUUCGCAUUGGUUACGUUUUCAUCGAUUACGAUGGAUUCUACAUUACAUUCCAUUGAUAUUCGGAGUGGUUUAUCCGUCAUGCUUCUACCUUGUAGUCAUAUAUUUGUACCCCUGUGAAAUAUCAUAUGAUGACGCAAGUCAGUAUUGCUUGUAUCCAUGCUACUUGGAUGUUAUUCUUGCGUAUACUUUGGACUGGAUCUUUAAUAUUGUGCUUCCGGUACUGAUGAAUGGCUUCGCGAAUUUUAUAUUGGUCAUGCGUGUAAUGCGUUCGAUGAAAAAAGUUCGUCAACAACAAAGAAAUACUUGGAAAAAGCAGAAAAGACUGACAAUUACUCUACUUGUUUAUUCUUUAUUAUAUUUUCUUCUUUGGCUACCAGCAGUAGUUAUGACUAUAGUAAAGAAUAACGCCAAUAAACAAUUGCUGGAAAAUAUUCCCGAUCUUUACUAUUUAUACUAUAUUUAUGUAUUCAUUUGUCCAUUACAACCGUUCAUGUGCGUAUUGGCCCUACCUGAAUUGGUUCAAACUAUAAAGCAAAGACAAAGAGCACGACGAAUUAUCGCACCUGAAGUGCCUCUUACGAUAGGAAGAACUGGUUUACAAGUGAGAAAUAAUCAAUGGUACUGA